AUGCUGUAUAAGUUACUUAGUUGUAUCAGAUGUCUGACAUUAAAGAGAGCAACAUCAUUGUUACAAUUACUUAUAGUUUGUAUUGUCAUCACUUUAUGCUUGAUUGUUCUUACUGUAAAUCGAGUAAUGAUGGAUGCCCUUAUCUAGGAAAUUUCAGACAAAUUAUUAUUUAAAUACAACUUUCAGGAAUAUGAAAUAUAAACAGAAAUGCUCAAAAACCAAAUAAAUUGGCCAAUUGCCAAGCGAUUUCGAAUGAUGAAUACUUUUGGUAUAAUCUAUUAAGAUUAGAAAAAAUCUAUGAUAUUUAACUAAAAUCCUUUGGAAUGUCCAAUAUUUUUAGGAAUUCCCGAAGAAUAAUUUGAAACCUUAUUUGAAUUACCUGAAUUCUGUGCAAGUAAUUAGUAAACGCAGCAAAAAUUAGAAAGACAUAGAUUCAAUCUUUUUAUCAAUUAACUAAAUUAGUUGCUUAUACCAUUAACAUGGUCUCCAAUUAAUGAUUUGUAUAUGAGUAGUACAGAUUCAAGUUAAUUUUUUGCUUCUUGUCCCCCUUUCUUUAAUAUUCCAACUUUCAAUCCACAUGAUAGACCUUGGUAUCAAAAUCAUAUGGAAAAAUCUAAGGGAUCAAGCGAAUUGAUUUAAGUUUCAAAUCUAUAUUAAACAUUUGGAUCUCAUGAAUACGAAUUUACAAUUACUUACUCUUUGAUGUCAAGUUGUUAAGGUUGUGCGACAGAACAAAGAAUUGAUGGAGUCAUUGGUUAUGAUUUAGGGUUUAGGGAAAUCUAAAAUCAAUUAAAUUUUAAAUCAUUUGGUUAUUUUAUAUUGAACAACCUUGGGUAGAUCAUUCAUACAAAUUAUGUUGAAACAUUUAAUUUAAAAUUAAAUGAGAGUUUAGCAUAUAUCUAUCAAUAAAAUCUAACAGGAUUUAACGAAAUUGAUUGGGAUCAAAUCUAAUUUCAAAGUAAGAAGUAACCAUACUUAAAUAAUUGUACUUUUCAUAUUCAUCAUCUAUGUAGAUAUAAUUCAAUUUUCAAUGAAGAUAUAAUUUUGCAUGUGUUAAAUCUUAAUUCAGACUUUUAUUUAGUUAUAUUUCAAAAUGUAACCAUGUAACAAUAAAAUAUCCACGAGUCUAAUUAAAGAAAGAAUGACAUUAUUCAUUCUUUUCAGACUUAUUUAAUUUAUUUAGUGAUAGCUUCAUUCAUUUUUUUGGUUAUUAGUUGGAUUGGAUUAUACUUUUUUUUCCGUCCAAUCAAAGAAUUUAGAUUAGCAUUCCUUAGUUAAUUAUACUCCAAGUUUUCAAGUUCGAAUUCACUGAUCAAAAUUUAAAGUUUAUUUUAAAGGAGUUCUUAUUUUGGUUUAGCAUUGAAGAAUUUGAAAUCUAAAAUCAAUGAUAUAAACAGUAAGAAGUGUGAAAACUGUUAUCUAAUAGAGAACUUCAAAUAUCCUAGGAGUUAAUUAACAAUUGAGUAUUAUCAAAUAAAAAACUAAAUUAAGUUUGUAAAUGUGAAUGAAAAUAGAAAUUUGUUAGAAUAACAAGAUUAAAAUGAAAAAGAACAGGUAUAAUAGACUUUAAAAUUCCAAGAAUUGCGUUAAUAAUUGUUUUCUUACAUAUCUAGUAGUUAGACCAUAUAAAGUGAGAUUGAUGAAAAUAUACAGUUAAUUAAUGAGCCAAUAAAUACUUAGAGAUUCUUAUGA